GGAGCCGCGCAAGCGUACACCGAAUUUACUCCCUGGUCCCUCAUGCCCCCGCCUCCAACCCCCGCUCUGUCUGCCCAAUACGCAGGCGCGUCUCCUCAAGUGCUUUCCCUACCCCCUCCUCUUUCUCUUCAGUCCAUUCCCCCUCCUCUCUCAGUAGCUCCGCAGGUUCAAACUCUUCUCCCGGAGAGUGGCGGCGAUCGUGAGGUCACGUGAUGAGCAUCCUGCUGCCCAACAUGGCGGAGUUCGACACCAUCUCGGAACUGGAGGAGGAAGAAGAAGAAGCAGCAACGUCGUCGUCGUCGCCGUCGUCGUCGUCGUCUUCGUCGGUAUCUGGGCCUGAUGAGGAUGAGGAAGAUGAGGAGGAAGAUGAGGAGGAGGAAGAAGAGGAGGAGGAGGAAGAAGAGGAAGAGGAGGAGGAGGUGCCGCCCCCGCCACGGGUUGUGAGCGAGGAGCAUCUGCGGAGAUAUGCCCCAGACCCUGUGUUGGUGCGCGGCGCCGGCCACAUCACUGUGUUUGGAUUAAGCAACAAGUUUGAUACGGAAUUUCCCUCGGUUCUGACAGGGAAGGUGGCUCCAGAAGAAUUUAAGACCAGCAUUGGCCGUGUGAACUCAUGUCUGAAAAAGGCUCUCCCAGUCAAUGUGAAAUGGCUGCUGUGUGGAUGUCUCUGCUGCUGCUGCACCCUGGGGUGCAGCCUGUGGCCUGUUAUUUGUCUCAACAAAAGAACCAGAAGAUCGAUUCAGAAGUUACUAGAAUGGGAAAAUAACAGAUUAUACCACAAGCUGGCUUUGCACUGGAAGCUGACUAAAAGGAAAUGUGAAAGUAGCAAUAUGAUGGAGUAUGUAAUACUAAUAGAAUUCUUACCAAAAUAUCCCAUCUUCCGACCCGACUGAGGAGUUUCGUUCGGUCAUGUCUGUGUUAUCUGUCAUUUCCUACCCUUAGUGCCUUGUAGAUGAUCUUGGAAUGGAGACAGUCUCCUUUGCUGUGUUCACUUUAUUCUUUACAACAGUAGAAUAUUCUUCUCAUUCUUUGAUUUGUGUUGAUUUCAGAAGACAAUUUAAUUUGCACAUCUUUUCUGUUAUUAAAUGAGGCUUGUGUUUUG